UCUACAUUUUGACACUAAUUGAGCACAUCAACAUGUUUCUCAGGCAACUAUGCUCAUCUUUCUUUCUCAUUUCAGUUCUCCUCCUUAACAUUCACCCUGCUAAAUCAGCAACAACCAACAUUUUUGGUCACACAAAUGAGACGGAUCGCGAAGCCUUGCUUGCCAUCAAGAAUAAAAUACAGGAAGAUCUUUCCCAGGUUCUAAGCUCGUGGAGCGAUUCUCUUCAUUUCUGCAAUUGGCAUGGAGUCACAUGCGGUCAACAGAAUCGAAGGGUGACCGGCCUAAACAUGUCAUUGCUCAAAAUGGUAGGCUCAUUGUCUCCUUACAUAGGAAAUCUAACUUUCCUUAGUGUGAUCAAUCUUGAGGACAACAACUUCCAUGGCACCAUCCCAGAAGAAAUCGGCAGAUUGACUCGCCUCCAAUAUCUUCUUCUAGCCAACAACUCCUUUCAUGGGACGAUUCCGACUAACCUGACUCGUUGUUCUGACCUUGAAGUCAUCGAUGUAAACGGAAAUGAUCUUGAAGGGACAAUUCUUGUCGAGUUCAACACCUUGUCCAACCUCCAACAAUUGAGUCUUUCCAGAAAUCGUUUCUCUGGAAAAAUUCCACCUUCAUUGGGGAAUCUCACCUCGCUGCGCUUUCUCAGUCUAUCUACGAACAAUCUACAAGGAAGCAUUCAUGUUGAUCUUGGAAAGCUUUUUAACUUAGAAGUCUUCCAGGUGACUUCAAAUCAAUUGUCCGGUACAAUUCCUGAACAGCUCUACAACAUCUCUUCCAUCAAAAUCUUAGCUGUUAACCACAAUCUGUUCACUGGACGUCUUCCAUCUAGCUUAGGCCUGAAUUUCCCAAAGCUCCACUCAAUUUUCACUGAAAGAAACAGAUUUUUUGGAUCCAUUCCUGCAUCACUAGCAAAUGCUACCGGAAUUGUGAUAAUCAUUCUUGGAGGAAAUGCUUUUAAUGGGCCAAUACCACUGGAUUUGGGAAGCCUUCAUGAACUACAAGUGUUACAUUUAGGCGGUAAUCCACUGCGAACUGACAGAAGCAAAGACUUCAGCUUUCUCACCUCUUUCACCAACUGCACCAAGUUGAGAGUACUGAGUUUAUAUGAAAUUCGCAUUGGAGGUAUGUUGCCAAAUUCUAUUGCGAAUCUAUCCACCACACUCACAUCUCUGUAUUUGCAAGGGAACUAUAUAUCUGGAAGCGUACCUGCUGGGAUUGUGAACCUUGUCAAUUUGGUCGUGCUCAACUUAAACAAUAACAUGCUCACAGGUAGUAUUCCAUAUUCCAUUGGAAAACUUACCAGGUUGAAUAGACUCAAUGUUUCAGCAAACAACAUCUCUGGAAAAUUUCCAACCUCUAUUGGAAACAUUACUCGACUAAAUGUACUUGCUUUACAAGAAAAUUUGCUAGAAGAAAGCAUACCAGCUUCAUUGGGAAAUUGCAGAAACUUGGAAGUACUAAAUCUCUCACACAAUCACCUCACUGGUCCAAUACCUGAACAAAUUUUCCAUCUGUCUUCCGUUACACGUUGGCUCUACUUAGCUAGAAAUCGUUUGACCGGAUCAUUACCACCGCAGGUGGGCGACAUGAAAAAUCUUGAGGUGUUGGACAUUUCAGAAAACAAGCUCUCUGGUGAAAUUCCAAACACUCUUGGGGAUUGUUUGAAAUUGGAAUCCCUCUACGCACGAGGCAAUUCCUUCAGAGGAAAUAUACCUUCAUCUUUUGAACUAUUAAAAGGCAUUCAAGUCGUAGAUCUUUCUGGUAAUAAUUUGUCCGGGCAGAUUCCAAGGUUUCUUGGUGAGUGUGUUUUUAUUAAAAAGCUCAAUCUUUCGUAUAAUAUGUUCGAGGGUGAAGUUCUAAAAGAAGGAAUCUUUAAGAACAUUAGUGUGAUUUCAGUUGAGGGAAAUAACAAGCUGUGUGGAGGAAUUGAGGCAUUGCAAUUGCCUGCUUGUCCUGCCACAGUCUCAAAGAAACAAGGAAAGCCUUCUGCUCAUGAAAAAAUUCUUGCGACUAGUGUUGUGCUAGGUAUUUUGUCAAUAGCAUGUGGUGGUGCUAUUCUUUACCUAAUCAGAAGGCACAAACAGGAACCCAAUUUCGCCUUACCAAUGAAGAUGAUCCAGUAUCCAAAACAUUCUUAUGCAGAACUUCUUCAAGCUACCAAUGGGUUCUCUCCAGCCAGCUUAAUUGGUGAGGGAACAUAUGGUUCAGUUUAUAAAGGGACUCUCAACAGUUAUGAACAAACUGUUGCCGUGAAGGUUUCAAACCUCCAACAAGAUGGAGCCAAAAAGUGCUUUAUGGCUGAAUGUGAGGCAUUGAGGAACAUUCGUCAUCGCAAUAUCAUCAAGCUCAUUACAUCUUGCACAAGCAUAGAUUUUAAGGGCAACGAUUUCAGCGCUUUGGUUUACAAGUUCAUGCCAAAUGGGAGUUUAGAAAGUUGGCUACAUCCAAAUUCAUCUGAUCUGCAUCACUCAAAGAGCCUAAACUUAGUCCAGAUGCUAAAUAUUGCCAUCGAUGUGGCCUCUGCAUUGGAUUAUCUUCACAAUCAUUGUGAAACACCAAUUGUCCAUUGCGACUUAAAGCCAAGCAACAUUCUCCUAGAUGACGACCUCUGUGCCCACGUAGGUGAUUUUGGCCUUUCAAGGUUUCUUUUCGCCUCCACAAGUAAUCCAAGUCAUGGACAAAAGAGUUCAAGUGGGAUAAAUGGAACAGUAGGAUACAUCGCUCCAGAGUAUGGUUUUGGUGGGGAGGUAUCAACACAAGGUGACAUAUACAGCUAUGGAAUUGUCUUACUAGAGAUGUUUACCAGAAAAAAGCCCACCAACGGCAUAUUUAUGGAUGAUUUUAGCCUCCAGAACUACGCCAAGAUGGCCCUGCCAGCCCAGGUGACACAGAUUGUUGACCCCUUACUAGUACAAGAGCAGGAAGAUGAGUCGAGAAGAGAUGAAGAAAGGGGAAGAGGUAACAUUGGUGCAUUAGAAAAUUGUUUGGCAUCGAUUCUUCAUAUUGGAGUCAUAUGUUCUGCUGAAUUGCCAAGACAGAGAAUGUGUAUCAGAGACGUUCUUGCAGAACUGCAUGUUAUCAGGAAUGCAUAUUUAAGGAUUUGAACAAAGGAGAAGAGGAGAUGAAGAAUUAAAAGUAGCUGAGAACACAUAGCAUAGGGAGUGCAUGUUCAAACACACUUCUGUAUCCGUACAAUGUUUUUUUGCGAAACAGAAACUAUUUCAUAUCUAUCACUCAAACAAGAAGGUGGAGAAAGCUGCAAUGACUUGCAGACUUGCUUUGGAGGUUUAUUGUCUGAGUGCAAUGCUAGGAAAAUAGUUGUUAAGCAUUAAAAAUGAAUUCAUAGUGUAUGUAGUCAGACUUCUUAUGGAUAGGAUGUAGCAUAUUUUUCAUGACAAAAAUUACAAUGUUUGCCUAGAAGUUGAUAAUGUAGUGAGAGCAGAAGUGUAAGAGUAGAAAAUCAAAGAAUUAUCCAUAAUUAUGUUGCUAAAGUUUGCAUGCUGACUCUGUGGCAACUACAAAUUGAGAAUUGUUACCAUAAUUUGCAUACGCGGAUGGGGCCGCUGACGUGGGCCCGUGUCAGCAGAACUAACAAACUUGUUAGCUAAGUCAUGAAUUUUUGUCGACCUCAUACAUAAGCCCCAAAAUGCACUCAUACUCUACCUUUCACAAUAUAAUUCAAUAAAAAUGAGUUUUUAGUGAAUUUUAGAC